CCCCAAGUUACUAAAAUACCCUUAUAAUAACGCGUGGAAGUUACUAUAGAACCCUUUCUCUCUGGCUUCUCCUUCGCCACUGUAACUCCGCCGUCUCCGUUGCUCCGUUCUAUUUCUCCCAAUCUGGAAAUAAUUUUGAAGAUAGUUUGUUCAACCGGUUUGAUUUAAGAGAAUGUAUAAUAUGAAAGAGGAAGAGGUGAAUCGUUGCCAGAUUAAGGAAUGGUACCCAAAUUUCAAAUCUGUAUCCAUCAAGACCAUAAUUCACCAACUUCCUGAAUCUUUCAUUCAAUACCUUCUUGACGACUCAGGACCCUUCCUAUUGCCUCUUUCUGUCUUAAACGAAGAUGCAUUGCCCAAUAGAAUUCAUAAUCCUAUUGAUGAAGAAGAUUUUCAGGUAUCAGAGGGAUAUGAUGAUGAUGAUGAUGAUGAUGAUGAUGAAGCAGAAGAAUCUUCUCCACCCCCUUCUUUUCCAGAACUCGAGUUGCAAGUUAAGGAAUCCAUCGAGUCUCUUGGGGGUUCAGUUUUUCCCAAGUUGAAUUGGAGUGCUCCAAAAGAUUCAGCUUGGAUAAGUACUUCUGCUACCCUUCGCUGUACCACUUUCAGCGAGAUUGCACUUCUAUUUCGAGCAUCUGACUCAUUAGUCCAUGAUUUAUGCCAUGCUUAUGAUUCUUGCCAAGAUAAAUCCUCGUCUAGACCGCAUAAUUUCUUCCUUGCUCUACGUAAAUGGUAUCCGUCCCUUAAGCCAGAGAUGGAAUUUCGCUGUUUUGUGCGGAAUCAGAAACUAGUCGGAAUCUCUCAGCGAGAGGUUACUACUUUUUAUCCUGUUCUUCUUGAAAAGAAGGAUGAUCUCUUAUUACAGAUACAAGGAUUUUUCAACAAUUACGUGAGAACUAAAUUUGAGUCAGAUAACUACGCAUUUGAUAUUUACGUUACAAACAAUGAGAAAGUUAAGAUUGUGGAUUUCAACACUUGGGGUGGCUUUACAUUGUCAUUGUUGUUUACAUGGGAUGAAUUAGAACAUAUUUAUAGUGAAGAAGGAGAUGAUGCGGAGUUUAGAAUCGUCGAAGAUCGUUGCGGUGUUAGGCCAGGUCUCAAAACAGCAGUUCCAUAUGAUUAUUUGGAUACCAGUUCAGGAAGUGGCUGGGAUCAAUUUCUCAGAAAUGCUGAUGAAGAGUUAAAACAGCAAUCCAGGUCUACCGAAGCUGGUGCAUGACGAAAAAAUUUUGUUUUCAAUUCAUAACUUUGAGAUGGCAAAUUGAAUAGUAUUGGUUUCAGGUUUUUAAGUAGCGAGGAAGAAAGCUUAUGUUUGAAAUAAUUCUACCCUAUUGAGGAUGUUUUUGUCUUUUCACAUAAACUACUACUCACUCGGGUGUAAUAUUUGACAUUUGCUUCAUGCCUUCAAUACCCUCAUAAUUUUGUGACUGUUUUUUUUUUCAAUAUUUAAUUACAGUGUUCAUAUGGGUAACAUCGCAUUAGGGCCAGUUUUGAUUGACUUAUUUUAGCUUAUCUAUUGGAAUUAGUAGUGUAUGUAGAUUAUAUAAGCUUUUAAUUGCACUUUUAACAUUAUCAACUAGUAGUACUAGCUUGAAGGAAAAAAGAAAUCCUCUGAAGUUGUUCUAAUAGCAUCUCUUUUGGAUAAACAAAAAAUCCUCUGAAGUAGUACUAGCAUCUAUUUUUAACAUUGUCAAAUAGCAGGUUUGUUC